CUAACAUUUUUAUUGUUUCAGCCUUUGUGUAUUAUCGGUGAUUUAACCAUAGAAUCCGAUAUUGAGCGAAUUAUGAUGUCAACAAUUGAGACCUAUGGAAGACUGGAUAUUCUGGUUAACAAUGCUGGUAUAUUAAUAGAGGAAUCUGCUCAAAAUGGUUCUUUGGAGACACUAGAUUUACUGUGGAAAACCAAUGUUCGUUCUGUCUAUCAUUUGACGAUGCUAGCUGUUCCUCACCUGAUUGAAAGUAAAGGUUCCAUUGUCAACGUUUCGAGCAUUGUCGGAAUAAAGGGAUCUGCCACACAUCUUUCCUAUACCAUAUCGAAAGGUGCCAUAGACCAGUUUACCAGAAGUGUGGCAUUAGAUCUUGCUCCCAAACAAGUCCGAGUGAACUCAGUAAAUCCUGGAGUUAUUGAAACAAACCUCUUCUCAACAAAUGGAAGAGACGCAAAGGAAUUCAUGAGCGAAGCAGCCCGUUGUCAUCCGCUUGGACGUGUAGGACAACCGCAAGAGGUCGCCACUGCCAUCGCUUUUCUCGCUUCUGACGAGGCUUCAUUUAUUAGUGGAGAAACCUUGGUGAUAGAUGGCGCUAGACUCGCCUCCUGCUAAUAUGUCUUUUUAUAUUUCUGUAGUAAUAAAAUUUCAGUUACUGAUUAUUC